AUGGCUUGGCUUGGAGCUGUUAUGUUGAACGUUCAGGAACUACAGUGUAUUCCACCACGAUCGGGGUCUAUCGUGGUGCCCGCCGAGAUUGAUGCAAGUGAUCACGUCCCCACUCAUAUCUUUCAAGAAGCCUCACACAAUGAGGGUGUGUCCGGGCAAGAGGUUUCCGGGACGGUGACGGGCGUAGCUCUUCCGCCUUGGAUGACCAGUCACAUGGUGACACAGGGGAUGAGUGUCACACCAAGAGAGAAGGCUAGGGGCAAGAUGAAGACGAGGAACACGUGGACGGCCCUGAGGGGUACGAUAACACUGGGAGCCAUAGAUGACGUCUCUCGAGAGGCCAUGCAACAAGAAGAAGAGCAGGCUGUAGUCGUAUCUCCAAUCGUCGAUGAUGCCACCACUCAGGACGAUCAGCAGCCCCCUACAGCGGCAUGUGGGGGUGGGGUCGGGGUGGGUCCAAGGGUAGGAGGUAGGUUACAUUACUCGCCCACGGUAGCUGGGUAUCAUGACCAUUUCGAUGAUAUUGGUACGGCUCAGAGUGAUGCUCAUCAUGAUGUUGGUGGGGGUAGCCGACUCCACCAUGGGGCCACUCAGGAAGGCUGGCAUGACCAUUUGCAGUGUAGUCUGGAGCCGAAGAUUAAGGACGUUCCCAAAGUGAAGUUGCACGGCUCGCCCACACAAGAGGGUUGGCACGAUGAUUUCGACAUGGUCGUGGCGCCUAAGGUCGAGGCGAUGGCGAAGGGGAAGCUGGGAGGGUCAGCGGACCAGGAGGGCUGGGUUGAUCAUAUGCUCCUACCAGGAGUUUCAGACAGACCAGCAUUCAUUGACCCUGAGAAGCGACAUGGUGGUAACGGCAGCACUCUGGUUGAUGACCAUUUCGAAUCGCUGGGUGUGCCCAAGUGGGAAGACGUGCCUGGACACAGGAGGAUGGGCACGCCCCUUCAGGAGGGCUGGGUUGAUAGUUGGCGUUCUGAGAAGGAGCUUCGACCGUCUAAGAGGUUUUAUAGCGAUGCUAUGGUCAAGGGCCGACGGGACCACUUUGAAACCUUUGGUACGGUCAAUUCGAUUCCUGUGAUGAGGGGACGUCGGGUAGCUCCUGAGACUGCAAUGGCUUAUGAUGAUCACUUUAUAUAUUCUGGUGAAGUUGCUGGUGAUGGGUCUAAGCUCAUCCGACGGAGGCCGUCUACACCGUUGAUAGACCCGAGGUGGAAGACGGAUAGAAUGGAUACUUCUUGGACCAGGAGCCGACGAAGGGGAAAACGCCAUGUUCCUAUCUUAUCGUGA